UGGUAAUGCCAUAAAUAACAAGGAGUAAACAGUCAUAAAUAAUAUGUUUUAUUUCUUGUAUGGCCAGUCCAGCAUUACGUUUUUCGGUCACUGGUGAUCAGGUGUCCAGGAAUUUACAGGACCAAGGUGGAAACCCUAUAUUAUUUAGAUUACGGUAAUAUAAGUAUACGUCAAGCAAUAGUGCCUUCUCAAACAAUGUAUCGCCCUUUUCAUUCAUUUGACCUUGAAAGGCUUGAAACGAUGACAUAUUUGUACUCAGUUCCGAAUAAUAACGAGAUAUUCAUUGUGUGACUCCCCUAGCGGAGACAAGUCGGAUUUACAAUGUCAAAUAAAAACACAGGCAUGAACGCCAUGUCUGAUCCCGCUAUUGAGGGCUAGAGAGAGUGAAUUGCGGGUGGACUUCGAGGAUUCAAGUCGAAGCGCAGAAUGUCAGAAAGCACCGGAAUUCCUCAGGGCUCCCCGGCGGUGGGCGCGGCGGGCUCGGCUCCGGCAGCACCAGGAGUCGGUGGAACCGAAUGUUCGGGCGCUGCUGUCGGCUCUGUGCGUAUCGCCGUGAAGAAAGCGCAGCUCCGCUCCUCCCCGCGCCCGAAGAAACUGGAGAAACUCGGUGUAUAUUCAUCUUGCAAGGCUGAAGGAGCUUGUAAGUGCAAUGGCUGGAAGAGUCAAAACCCACCACCAACUCCACCCCCUCCAACCCCGCCAAGAGCCGAGCAGCCAAUUGCAGUUAAUCUAAAGGAGCCCUGCAGAAGCUGCAGCCAUGGCCUUGGUGACCAUGUAACACACCUGGAGAAUGUGUCGGAAGAGGAGAUGAACAGAUUGCUUGGAAUUGUACUGGAUGUGGAGUACUUGUACACAUGUGUCCAUAAAGAGGAGGAUCCUGACACUAAACAAGUUUACUUUUAUCUCUUCAAAUUGCUGCGCAAAUGCAUCCUGCAGAUGGGUAGGCCAGUGGUGGAGGCCCUGGAAAGUCCACCUUUUGAAAGACCAAGCAUUGAACAGGGUGUGAAUAACUUUGUGCAGUACAAGUUUAGCCACCUACCAUCUAAAGAGAGGCAAACCAUUGUGGAGCUUGCAAAGAUGUUCCUCAACCAGAUCAACUACUGGCAGCUAGAGACGCCUUUGCAAAGGAAACAAAGGGUGCCAGAUGAUGAUGCAGCUGGUUAUAAAGUAAAUUACACCAGGUGGCUCUGUUAUUGUAACGUGCCCCAGUUCUGUGACAGUCUUCCUCGGUACGAGGCCACACAGAUUUUCGGGCGUACUUUUCUGCGCUCUGUAUUCACUAUUAUGAGGAAACAGCUGCUGGAACAGGCCAGACAAGAGAAAGACAAACUACCACCUGAGAAACGCACACUAAUUCUCACACAUUUCCCCAAAUUUCUCUCUAUGCUGGAGGAGGAGGUUUAUAGUCACAAUUCACCUAUUUGGAGCGAAGACAUCAUGGUUGGUUUAUCAGGUGGACAGGUUCCCACAGUGAUCAGUGCUCCAUCCUUGACCCGCCCCCUGUACUACAGCAGUAGCCCCGCCUCUGUGGACUUGGCUGGAGGAGGCAGCAUAAGCCCAGCCUGGAAAACAGCAUCCUCUCUGGAGCCCAAUCCAGGUGGUGAAAAACGAAAGCCUUCUGAGCCGUUAUCUUAUGAGGAGAGUAAACGACCUCAUGUUGUUGGUGACAUUCCUAUGGAGCUUAUAAAUGAAGUCAUGUCCACCAUUACAGACCCUACAGCCAUGCUAGGACCAGAGACCAGUCUUCUCUCAGCACACUCUGCACGUGAUGAAGCCGCUCGGUUAGAGGAGAGGCGUGGCAUCAUCGAGUUCCAUGUCAUUGGAAAUUCCCUCAAACAGAAGCCCAAUAAGAAGAUCCUCAUUUGGCUUGUUGGGCUGCAAAAUGUUUUUUCUCACCAACUGCCCCGUAUGCCCAAAGAAUACAUCACACGGCUUGUCUUUGAUCCAAAGCACAAGACUCUCUCUCUGAUUAAAGAUGGCCAUGUUAUUGGGGGAAUCUGCUUCCGGAUGUUUCCAACUCAGGGCUUCACUGAGAUAGUUUUUUGUGCUGUGACCUCCAAUGAACAGGUCAAGGGUUACGGAACUCACCUCAUGAAUCAUCUGAAGGAAUAUCACAUCAAGCACGAAAUCCUCAACUUUCUUACUUACGCUGAUGAAUAUGCUAUUGGGUACUUCAAAAAGCAGGGAUUCUCUAAGGACAUUAAUGUGCCGAAAUCUAAGUAUCUAGGCUACAUUAAAGACUACGAGGGAGCCACACUCAUGGGCUGUGAACUCAACCCCUCUAUCCCAUACACAGAGUUCUCCGUCAUCAUCAAGAAACAGAAAGAGAUAAUCAAGAAGCUUAUAGAGCGCAAGCAAGCACAGAUUCGGAAAGUCUAUCCUGGCCUGUCAUGUUUCAAGGAAGGAGUUCGGCAGAUUGCCAUAGAAAGCAUUCCAGGAAUCCGUGAGACAGGCUGGAAACCUUUAGGGAAGAGCAAAGAGCUGAAGGAUCCAGACCAGUUAUAUUGCACCUUAAAGAACAUUCUACAGCAGGUCAAGUCCCACCAGAAUGCAUGGCCCUUUAUGGAGCCAGUGAAGAAGAAUGAGGCACCUUGUUAUUACCAAGUCAUCCGCUUCCCUAUGGACUUGAAGACAGUGAGUGAGCGGCUAAAGAGUCGUUACUAUACCACACGGAAACUGUUCAUGGCCGACAUGCAGAGGAUCUUCACUAACUGUCGAGAGUACAACCCUCCAGAAAGCGAGUACUACAAAUGUGCCAACCUACUUGAGAAGUUCUUUUACACCAAGAUCAAAGAGGCAGGCCUCGUCGACAAGUAGUCCAGUUA